ACAAUGACGGAUGAUUCUUCUUCAUGGUUUUUUUAUUAGCUUAAAUUGGUUUUGAAUGAGUCCCAUAAGAGAAGUUCUUAGAUCUCUGAAUUAUGUCUUCAAUAAAUAUGGUCUAGAAUGGGUUGUUUGUGUCCAUGAUCAAGAUUUGAAACCCACAGCUUUCUUGUGUGUACAACUCACAGAUCAUCUUCCUAAAUAUUUUGAUAUGAGGGUUGAUUGACUAAAUAGAAUAAAGCAGAAGUCUGACAGUGGAAGAACAAAGAACAUAAAUAAUUGUUUGUUGUAGCUUGCAAACACGUUGAUCUUUCCUACCGGAAGAUGAACGGAAGCUUGUUCUUGAUGAUUGAUAGCAUAAUGCCUUGAGAUGAAGCUUGUCAUAUGCUUUAUAAUAUUUCAUCUUUGUAGUUCCAAGUACUACUCUUUCUCCUCAAAUGCAGAACUUUCAUGUCACACGUUCCAACACGAGGAAGACGACUUGCAAAGCACGGCCAAAUCGCCGCUCGUCAACGGUACUGUUAUUUCCUCUCCACUCUCCUCCCUGCGUCAUUAACUAUAUCCCCUCCUCUUCCCUUCCACCAUCUCGUCUCUUUCGCGUUCUCCAAUCCAAAGGGGGAGAUUGCCGAAGCUUCUGUCCCCUUGGGCAUCGCGGAAUCUUGGCGGGAGGAGAAAAGACAGCACCUUUUCAUCAUUCGAGGACUGAAAUCAGAGAAUGGCGCAACAAGCUCAAGUGCCUCAGUUCGGCAACUGGGAAACUGCUCAAGAUGUCCCUCACACACAAUGCUUCAAUCAUGCCCGGAGGAGAAAGAGUGGAAGAAAUGCCACCAAUCCGAUUGAUCCUAAUGAAAGCUCAGAAGCUCAUGCUAAAGCUACAUCAUCACCGGACCAUGCAGCUCCAUCUACAACUGAGUCCAUUGCUGAUACCACAAAACCCAAGGAUGUAAAUCCUUUGAAGACUAAUGGUGGUAAUUUUCGUCGAACCGCAACACCUCCUGUGCGCAAAUCCCCUGCAAAUCAAGCAAUUUUUGGUGACAACCAGAAGAGGUUUCAGGGUAGAAUAGCAUCAGAAGUCACUCCAGGAAGAAUCAGAAGAAACCUCUGCGAUCGAGCAAAUGCAACACCUGACCAUUAUGUAUUUGUGCCACCUUUCGCGGGAUGGGAUGAGAACGAUCCAGCAUCAGGCCAGAAGUAUACUGAAGUCUUCAACAAAGUAGCUGAUCAAAGAACUCCUGGAACUCCAUUUAAGCUAUCGCAACCGAGUUCUCUGAAGCAGAAAAGCACUGAACCUAAGGGCUGUGGGUGCCUAAGCUGGAUCUUUUGAGCUGAAGACUUCCUACCCUGGUGAGCAUUUUUGGAGGUGCAUGCAGAAUUCUCCAGAUAAGGCAUGUCCAAUGGAGAUGGAUGUGUUCUCAAUAUCUGUCUGUUUAGCAUCUUAUCAUAAUGUCAUUGCAUGUUUGUAUGCAAGUUUGCAUUUUCUUUUUCUUUUUCUUGUAUCAUGGCUGCUGCUUUACAAGCUUGUUGACCAUUUUCUGGCGUUGACUUUGAUGCUAAAAUGAAGAAAGAUGGUAA